AUGAUUCCACCAUUAAGCAAUUCAACCAUAGACACAUCACUUUCAUUAUUACAUACAUUGACAUUUGUUAAUAAUCAAGAAUACGCACAGAACGAAAUGAUGCUUAGUUUACAACAUACAAAUAUGGAUACAAAAUCGACUAGUGAUGAAACAUUAUCAACAUCAAUGGUAUCAGAAAUAAAUGAUGAAAAAGAAAAUAUUCCAUUAUGUACUUAUUGUCGAAAAUCUUUUGCUAAUUAUUCUAAUUUAAGACAUCAUAUACAAAUUGUUCAUUUAAAAGAAAGUAAAUGGGAUUGUAUUAAAUGUGGAAAGAUUUGUUCAUCAAAAUCUAAUCUUAAAGUACAUUUUCGUACACAUAUACGUGUUAAACCAUAUACUUGUAAAUAUUGUGAAUAUGAUUGUAUGCAUCAUUCAUCAAUAAAAGAUCAUCUAACAAAAAAUCAUCCUGAUAAACCACAUACAAGUAUUGAACCAGGAUAUAAUUAUAAUUCACAAGCUGUUCCUGAACCUGAUGAAUUUAAUGCUGUUGAUUUUGAUCCAGCAAAAUUUGUUGAACAACAAACACAAUGUAAACAACGUCAAUCACUUAUUGUUAAUAAUAAUGGUACAUUAAAAUAUACUCAAACAAUGACAACAACAACAACAAAAAAUACAACACAUUCAAAUAAUCAUAUAACAAUAACAAAACCAAAACGUUUUCGUAGUGAUACAAAUUUAUUAGAAACAUCUGAAACAUCAUCAUCAUCAUUAAUAACAACACCAUCAUCAACAUAUCCAUUUAUAAAUCCAUCACCAUUUUCAUUAUGGCCAUUUAAUCUUUAUCAUCCAUCAUAUAUUCCAACUAUGAUGAAUGCAAUACGUUUAUCAUCAUUAUCAAAUUCUAUUAUACCACCAAUUCAUGAAGAAAAACAUUCAAAUAAAAAAAAUAUUCGAAAAUCAUUUGAAAUUGAAGGAAUAUUAAAUUUAUCAUUACGUGAUAAUAAUAAUAAACGUAAAAAUUUAUCCGAUACACUUUCAAGUGAAGAAGAUGAUUCAAUUUAA